GGGGAGCCGCCCGCCAGCGGCGAGCGCUACGCGCUGUCCGCCAGCCUGGACAAUGCCCGGCACCUGUCCAGCCUCCUGCGGGCCGUGCACUUCCAGGACCACGCCACCUGCGUGGCCACGGCCAGCGGGCUGCGCGUCACGGUGGAGGAUGCCAAGUGCAUCCAGGCCAACGCCUUCAUCCAGGCGGAAAUUUUUCAGGAAUUUUCUGUUCAGGAGGAGUCGGUGAUGUUCCGGAUCAGUUUGUCUGUUCUUCUGGACUGCCUCACCAUUUUUGGAACCAGCUCCUUGCCAGGAACAUCAACGGCCCUUAGAAUGUGUUACCGUGGUUAUGGGUAUCCCCUGAUGCUGUUCUUGGAAGAAGGAGGAGUAGUAACAGUGUGCAAAAUCAACACUCAAGAACCUGAUGAGUUGUUAGAUUUUGAUUUCUGCAGUACAAAAGUUGUUAAUAAAAUUAUCCUGCAGUCGGAGGGACUACGAGAAGCAUUUGCUGAGCUGGAUAUGACCAGUGAAGUUCUGCAAAUCACCAUGUCUCCAGAUAAACCCUACUUCAGGUUAUCCACUUUUGGAAAUGCUGGAAGUGCACAUCUAGACUACCCUAGGGACUCUGAUUUGAUGGAAGCAUUCCACUGUACCCAGACCCAGACAAACAGGUACAAGAUUUCUUUGCUUAAACCAUCCACAAAGGCACUGGCUUUGUCUUGUAAAGUGUCCAUUCGAACAGAUGCUCAAGGCUUUCUUUCACUGCAGUAUAUGAUUAGGAAUGAAGAUGGACAGAUCUGUUUUGUGGAAUACUAUUGUUGCCCUGAUGAGAACAUGAGUGAGGCAGAACUGUAGGUGUGUGUGCUGGCAUCUGUAAUAUAUUUUUGCUUAUAUAAAAUAUUACUUUUUUUACAAAACUAAAUGAAAGAUGUAAAGUUUGAUAGAGUUAAUAUUGAUUUUAUUUUUAAACUCUGGAAUAAGAAAGCUCAAGACUUUCGUUUUCUUCCACUGCAAACAUUCUUAGCCUUGACUCAAACUGAAGCUGAAAAAGCAGAAAGAGGAGUUGAUGUCCUAUAAAUAUUGCUUCCAGCACAGAUGUUAAAGUACUGUUUGUGUAAUACAUUGAUGCUUUUUAUGAUGUUCUCCAAGAAUUUUUGUUUGUAUUAUGUUUUUUGUCUUUGGCUUUCAGUAAGCAAUUACACAAGGGAAAGUCUGAAUACUGGUUAUAUAUUAGCCAGUUAACUUUCAGUGACUUAAAACCAAAUUUGUCUUGAAGGAGAAUAACAUUUUCAAACUGAUCUCUUAAUAGCAGCAGGUGGUUUCUUGCUGGCAAACGCUGACAUGUUGUGUCAGUGAAGCCACUAGGCUUCUUCUCAUCUUGAUUAAUUCUUAAUAUAACUCAACUCCUUGGAAUUCCAUCUGACACAAAUUUACCAUUUUGUCUGCAAACUGAUGUUGAAUUGGUAAAUUGAUAUAGAUGCCAGGAUUUACUGACUCAUUACUUAUAACUGUUCUGGCAACAUCAUUGUUUUGGAGCAGUGGUUUAUUACACAUCUGCAAGAGUGCUGCAGCUGAACUGUUUCUGUGUAUUCAUGUCCCUGUUCCUACUCUGCUGCUCUCCACUGGUGGUGUUAACAAUCAUGAGAGAGAAAUGUUUCAUAUUGAAAGUUAUUUAUAAAACUCAUUUGCCUUCUCAGUAGCAUUUUUCAGCAACAGGAGUCACUCCUGAACUGCAGCAGGAGAAUAUCUGCCUGUGUCCCAUGGAGCAAUGUUUUCAAAUCACUGCUAAAAAUGGGGCUGACCUCAUGCUGCCUGAAAGGGAGUGUGGUUCCUGAGCAGUUCUCUGCAGUGUCCCACCUCCAGAGCACCAGAUGGGUUGUGCUUAGGUCAAAACUCCACUUGUCCUUUCGUUCCAACCAGCCUGCUCAGAAUGGGAAGUACCUGGGAACAGCCAGGCACUGGACUGGAUGCAGAGUCUGCAGAUCACACACAAAGACUGAGCCCUCCCUGCCUCUCUGCUGUGGGAUGUGAUCGAAGAGUCACCAAUCUGCAUAUGGUUUCUGCAGCUUUAGACUCUGGUGUAGUUUUGUUGUCUGUCAGAUGAGGUCUUGCUUUGUUUUCUGUGGAAAACAGCUUGUUCAACAGAACCCCUUGGGUUUAUUUUAAGUCUAAAAUGCUUUUGUGGAUAAUUUUUCACCUCUUGCUUAUUGCCAGCAAGAGUAUAUUUUUGGAAGGCACAGUGUUUUAUUGUUUUUUGUGCAAAUCAUCCAUUUAUUGCAAUA